AUGGGUGAGCUCUUUUCCUGGCUGACAAUUACCCGUUGUCUGAUUGUCUAUUUCCAUCAGCACUGCCCUUCGGUGUUCACAGGACCGGCCACAGUUCUCUCCUGGGGCACUGGUUCUCAAAGGUCUUUGGAAGGAGUAUAUGUGUCUGAGGUGGGUCAGAAUGCUGAUCUGCCCUGCACCUACUCUCCAACCACCCCUGAGAAUCUCGUGCCUGUGUGCUGGGGCAAGGGAUCCUGCCCUGUAUUUGAAUGUCACAGUUUGGUACUCAGCACUGAUGGAAGGAACUUGAGCUAUCGGACAUCCAGCAGAUACCUACUAAAGAGGAAUUUCCGCAAAGGAGACGUGACCUUGACCAUAAAGAAUGUAACUUUAGCUGACAGUGGGACCUAUUGUUGCCGGAUCCAAUUCCCGGGCCCCAUGAAUGAUCAAAAAUCAAACCUGGAGUUGGUCAUCAAACCAGUUGUUUCUGCUGCCCCUUUGAUUCCCUGCAACAAGCUCUCUGCUCUCAGAGAAGCCUCAUCCUUACGUUGGUUUCUGUCUUUAGCCAAGGUCACCCCUGCUCGGACUCCGUGGAGGGACAUCACUACAGCCUUUCCAAGGACGCUCCCCACCGAGGGACCUGGCUCAGAGACACAGACACUGGAGACCCUCCAUGAUAAAAAUCAAACAGAAAUAUCCACACUGGCUAAUGAGUUACAAGACCUGGGCGCCACCACCAGAAUAAGCCUCUACAUCGGAGCAGGGGUUUCUGCUGGGCUGGCUCUCGUUCUUAUCUCUGGUGCUUUAAUUCUCAAAUGGUAUUCUGAUAGCAAAGAGAAAAUACAAAAUUUAAGCGUCAUCACUUUGGCCAGCCUCCCUCCCUCGGGCUUAGUGAAUACAGCAGGAGAGGGGAUGCAUGCAGAGGAAAACAUCUAUAUCAUUGAGGAGAACGUAUAUGAAAUGGAGGAUCCAUACGAGUAUUACUGCUCCGUCAGCAGCGGGCAGCAGUCCUGACAACCCCUGGGCUGUUGUCUUUCAACGCCACCAGAUUCACCACUUCCUUUUGGGGUUUGGUGUUAUCUUCUUUGAAAACUAUGAGAUGGCUCACCUGACUGGUUUUAGAGGUUCUGUUCUUGGCCACCGAGCAGAGUUUUUCCAUGUUCUAAAGAUAAGUAGCUCACCCAAGGAUUGAACUGGGACCAGCAUUGUACUUAGACAGGCACAACAUUACCUCUGUGUUCCCGCCACCCAACUCGGAGACUGCUAAUCAGGGCAUUAGAGCUCAAAUGGGCUUUUAUAGAGAGUAGGAAUUCUUAAUAUGGGGUCUCUGGAAUUCCAGAUAUUCAGUUAUAUGGUGUGUCCAUGAAGCUCCUGAAAAUACAGGGGAAAUUAUGUGCUGAGAUACGUGCGUGUCUUUUUCGGUACAGGAAGUCUAAAGGGACCGCCGAUGCUCAAAGAGCUCUGUGCACCGUAGCAGGUUAGGAAACUAUUGGAGUAGGAGUAGAUGGUCUUGAAGGUUCCCUUUGAGUCUCAAGGUUUAUGCUUCUUUGAAUGUUGACUCUGUGACAGUACGUGCCAGUGCAUAGCUCUCCUUGGCCUAAGUUAAGAAGACUGCCCAGCAAGGCCUGCGGUGUGGCAGGUGCUUCUGGAGAAGAAGGAAGUACGCUCAGUGUGUGUUGACAGGUUUUGCUUAGGGUGCACUCAGAGGGAAAGCUCUCUUACCAACUUCUCCAUUCAUGGCGAGAAGUGGAGCUGUGUUUUUCACAAAAGAAGAAGCAGUGACUGGGACACAAAUUCUGUUUCCUGGUGGAAAGUAGGUAAAGGGCUCCAGCCAUCUGUAUUUAUCCAUGUCAGAUCCCCUGAUGGAAAGACAAUGGUCCUUAAGCUUCAGUUCCAAGAUGGUAGAGAGUAGGUCUAUCUUGCCUAUUUGCUUCCUCCCCAGUCUUGGCACAGCUCUGACACAUAAUACUGAUAUAAAUUUACUAAAUAUCUUUGGAGUGAAAAAAUUAAAGAAGCAGAAAGGUAGAUUUCUGGGAAGACUUUUCCAUUGGAGAGCUCAGAUAGAGCUUCACUUGUUGGGGAACUCGAAAAUACUCCUAAGCUCCUGUUUCUGCUCUUGUCCAGCAUCUGCUCUUCUCAGCAUCCUCUCCCGGCUCAGGCCCUUGGAAGUGUGUUAUUGUCUUUUUUCCCCUUUCUGCUGAAUGAAUCAACAAUAGGGACCUGUCGCUGCCUGAAAACUGCCUUCCCCAGGUGAUGACUGAGCUGCUACUGCGUUGCAUGCAGGAGAUGUUGGUCACCAAGGAUGCGGGCAGCCUGUCUGUUACAGUGUUUGGGCUGCAUCUGGGCGGUAUUGGGAAGCACUGGCUUUCUACAGGGAGAUUUGUAAGGGAGAUCAUUUUGCAAAGUUCCAGGCAGUAGCUUUUAAACAAGCUGAAAAAUUAAGUGUUUUAAAUUUAUGAAAUUCUAGAGGGAAGAGACCACAGAAAACAUAUGGACCAGAUCAAUGAUUGCCCCACAAAAGGGAUUCUUAUUCUGCAAAAAUCUUUACACAAGGAUAUGUACACAAGGACGAUCAUUGCAAUGGUGU